AUGUCGUCUAAAACAAAAGAAGAAAUUCAAACUUCUAACAACCAAGAUAGUUCUGAAGAAGAAGACGAGAAUUUCGUUGAAAAAAUACUUAUUAAGGAUCAAUUCAAACUAAAUGAUUCUUUUCGUGAAGAAGUCGAUUCAGUCAUCAAAUAUAUGUAUGUAAUGCGUACACUUACAGACCGAUUUCUGGAUAUGUGCAUUUCGGACCAAAGCUGGCAUUUUGACGAUAAUACUAACAUAAAAACCAGUGGCUGGAGAUAUAUGCAAUGUUUCAUGAAAUAUGUUCCAUUCAUCGAAGACAAUAAAUCAGAAGCUGCAAGUUUGAAUCGGCUACACGACAAACUGGGGCGGAUCGAAGAGGAACGUUACUAUGAUUUCCUCUACGUCGACCACGAUUCAAGCGUCUUCAGAACAUCCAGAGACCUGUUGAAAGAUAUUGAAACAGUGUACAAUUCUGUUGAAAUCCUCCUGAUGAGAUGCAAUCGUAGAAGGAGGAAACUGGAGAAAGCAGCGAUUGUAACUGAUCUCAAACACCAUUGCGAAAAAUAUCGUUUGACUGUACGUGAUUUGGAUAACGAGCUCAUUCGACUAUCAAAUCUUCAAAAAUUUGUGAAAGAUAAUGGUCCAUUUCACGGAGAGCACUUCCAACAAGGGCUUUUAAUAAUUCAACAGAUUACUACAUUGAGAAGUGAUAUGAUCAUAGAGCAAAUGAGAAAAAGAGAACUGGAGAAGAUCAGAAGCUGUAAAAGUAGAAGUAAAAGUAAGAGCAAAGGCAAAACCAAGAGCAAAAGUGCCAGUCGUACAGUUCGAGUUUCGAAAAAAUAG